CGGAGAGGGAGGGGGGAAAAAGAGUGGAAGCCCGGUGCCCUCUAGGAGUUGUAGUCCCUGUGGAUCGGGUCGUGUGGGGCAGAGGAAGACAAAGUGGUGGGGAGUUCCCCUGUCUCGUUUUGGGGUGGGAGUCCAGAAGGAAGAGGAGGAGCAUGUCUUUCAAGAGGGAAGGGGACGACCCCAGCCUGCUUAACGUGCUCAAGAAAAGAAGAGUCGCAGACCUUUUAGCCAACUAUAUUCCCGAAGAUGAAGCCUUACUUCUCCGGGAUGGCAGGUACGCAUGUGCGGUCUGCUUCCACAGGCCGGUCUUUGACACUCUGGACAUGCUCACGGUCCACCGAUCUGGAAAGAAGCACCUAGUCGGUUUGCAGACAUUUUAUGGGAAGAAGCGUUCGCUCGAGAACGAAGUUCAGAAACGCCGCCACCAGGCCUAUGUACAGGCGGAAGAAUCUGGUGUGCAGGCUGCUCCAGGCCCUGCUCCUUUGCUUGCAUAUACCAAGAGGAUUGCCCAGAACGCUCUGCUGAAAGCCGCCCCCUACAACAGCUGCUGUCGGCGAAACAGGGAGAACGGAGGUGACCUCAGUUCUGGUACCUCGAAGGUGGCUGACGUCUCCAGAGGUUUGGAGGCAGAGAAGCCGCCCAGGUCCCUCAGCACAGUCAGCUCAGUGAAGAGCGAAGACGGGCCUGCUGGAGUAGAAGCCACGCCGAGCAGGGAGUUGCCUGGAUCUACAGACACCAGAGCAGAUUCCGCGGAAGCACCCGGUCCUGGGAAACAGCACAGUCGCAAAGGGAAAGGCCCUUUGUCGGGGAAAAAACAGUCCAAGUCCAGUGACCUCAACCCCGAGAAACGUCAAGCCCUAGAACACUAUUUGAGACUGAAAAGCUCCGGUUGGGUCCAGGAUGGUUUCGGCAGGUGGGUAAAAGAUGAGAACGUGGAAUUUGACUCCGACGAAGAAGAGCCUCCAGCGCCGAUUCCGUCUUGAGGACGCAGUUGCUUGAUCCAUGUAGAGGCAAGAACGGGAAGGAGUCUAUCCUGCUUCUCAAGUGAAACCCUCUAGAAACAAGGCAGUUGGAGCCCAAGAGGCUGGGCGUGCCAAAAGCAAAUGUUUUUUUUCUUAUGUGCGUGGAAUUCUUUAUUAAUUAAAUAGGAAAUAUAGGCUGGCGCCUUAUUUUGAACA